GUAAUGUCACUGUUCACAAAUACCUUCUUCUCUCACACACAAAAACACACACACUUGCUCGGUCCAAUCUACUCAUCAUCAGUCAUCGCAAGUAACCGAGAGAUCCAAACACUUCGAAUACGUCUCCCUGCAUCCAGAUUCACACUUCUCGCAUUCAACUUUCAACUGCCGCAGAUCUCGCAUCCUCAAUUUCAACUUCUUCAUUCAUCUCAUUCAAAAUCAUCUUCUACACAAUUGAAGCGGUUAUCCAGCUUUUGAAUCCGUCAUGGAAGAGGAAAACGAAGUGGAACUUUUGCAGAGGUACCGAAGAGAUAGGCGGAUACUUCUUAAUUACUUGUUGUCUGGUAGUUUGAUUAAGAAAGUUGUAAUGCCACCUGGUGCUGUUUCAUUGGAUGAUGUGGAUCUAGAUCAAGUUAGUGUUGAUUAUGUUCUCAAUUCCGUGAAGAAAGGUGACGAGCUUGAACUUUCGGAAGCUAUUAGAGAUUAUCAUGAUAGUACUGGAUUGCCUCAUAUGAAUGCAGAAUCUGAAGGUGAGUUUUUUUUGGCUACCAAUCCUGAAUCAUCAGGGUCGCCUCCAAGGAGGGCUCCACCAGCUGUUCCUUUUGUGGUACCAUCACCCAUUAUGCCAGACAUAACCUCAUCAAAUCCAUUUGAUGCAAAUGAAGAGGAUGAACCUGCACCUGCUAUGAUAUCAAAAUCACAAUCCAUUAACUCAGGGCAAGAUCGUAAUUUAACCGUUGAUGACAUUGAUGAUUUUGAGGAUGAAGAUGAUUUAGAGGAACUUGCUAGUCGUAGGUAUUCACGGAGAACAUUAAAUGAUACUGCUGAUCUGGUUGUGGGUUUGCCUUCAUUCGCAACAGGUGUAAACGAUGAUGACCUCCGUGAAACGGCUUAUGAAAUUCUGUUGGCUGCUGCUGGGGCUUCAGGGGGCCUUAUAGUGCCAUCAAAGGAAAAGAAAAAAGAAAAGAAAUCCAGACUGUUGAAGAAGCUUGGACGGAGUAAGAGUGAACAGGUUACAACCCAACAGUCAACUGGUUUGACUGGCUUGCUGGAGACAAUGCGCGUCCAGAUGGAGAUUUCUGAGGCAAUGGACAUCAGAACAAGACAAGGGCUACUGAAUGCAAUGGCUGGCAAAGUGGGAAAAAGAAUGGAUGCUCUUUUGAUUCCUUUGGAGUUAUUAUCUUGUAUUUCUCGAACUGAAUUUUCUGACAAGAAAGCUUAUAUUAGGUGGCAAAAAAGACAAUUGAAUAUGCUCGAGGAAGGGCUUGUGAAUCACCCAGUUGUGGGAUUCGGGGAAUCUGGGCGCAAAGCAAGUGAAAUGAGGGUUCUUUUGGCAAGAAUUGAAGAAUCUGAGUCAUUUGCACCAUCUGUGGGUGAACUUCAACGCAUAGAAUGUUUGAGAUCUCUGAGGGACAUUGCUAUACCACUUGCAGAGAGGCCAGCUCGCGGUGACUUAACGGGUGAAGUUUGUCACUGGGCAGACGGCUAUCAUUUAAAUGUCAGAUUAUAUGAAAAACUCCUUCUUAGCAUUUUUGAUGUUCUCGAUGAAGGAAAACUAACAGAGGAAGUUGAAGAAAUACUUGAGCUUUUAAAGUCAACAUGGCGUAUUUUGGGAAUUACGGAAACCAUUCACCACACCUGCUACGCAUGGGUGCUCUUCCGUCAGUUUGUUAUGACUAGGGAGCAUGCACUUCUUAGGCUUGCCAUUGAACAGUUAAAUAAAGUACCCUUGAAGGAAGAACGGGGCCCACAAGAGAGAAUGCACUUAAAAAGCUUGUAUUGCAAAGUUGAGACUGAAGAGGGCUCUCAGGAGCUAACCUUUUUACAGUCCUUUUUAAUGCCUAUUCAGAAAUGGGCUGACAAGCAACUUGCAGAUUACCACUUGAACUUUUCUGAGGCAUUGGCAAUGAUGGAGAAUGUAGUAUCGCUUUCAAUGGUAGCAAGGAGACUUCUUCAGGAAGAACCUGGAUCGGCAAUGCAACAUGUGACAGAUGGAGAUAAGAUUGAGUCCUAUGUCUCAUCAUCCAUCAAAAGUGCAUUUUUAAGGACAUUGCAGGAUGUUGAGACCAUGUCCAACGCAACAGACGAACAUCCACUUGCACUAUUAGGAGAAGAAACCAAGAAACUUUUAAAAAAAGACGCAACUGUAUUUAUUCCAGUAUUAUCUCAAUGGCAUUCACAAGCUGUCGUUGUUUCAGCGUCUCUUCUUCACAAGCUUUAUGGAAGCAAGUUGAAGCCCUUCCUUAACAGCGUUGAGCAACUUACAGAGGAUGUCGUUUUGGUAUUUCCCGCUGCUGAUAGUUUUGAGGAAUAUGUUAUGGAACUUAUCGCAUCUUCGAGUGGACAGUCAGAAGUGUCCUUGAAAAAACUUUCUCCGUAUAAGAUCGAAACAAUAUCUGGAACCCUAGUGUUGCGGUGGGUCAACGCGCAACUAAGUAGAAUUAUGGGUUGGGUUGAGCGAGCCAUUCAACAGGAGCGAUGGGAACCUGUUUCAAUGCAGCAACGGCAUGGAAGUUCAAUUGUUGAAGUUUAUCGCAUUGUGGAAGAGACUAUUGAUCAGUUUUUCGCUCUCAAAAUUCCAAUGAGGUCCGGAGAAAUGAAUAGCCUGUUCCGAGGCAUUGAUAAUGCAUUUCAAGUAUAUGCAAAACAUGUUGUUGAUAGCCUGGCUAGCAAGGAAGAUAUUAUUCCACCUGUGCCAAUUUUAACGAGAUACAGAAGAGAGAGUGGAAUCAAAGCUUUUGUUAAGAAAGAGUUAAAUGACCCAAGGCUGCCUGAUAUGAGAAAGUCAAGAGACAUUAAUAUUUUGACAACACCUACACUGUGUGUGCAAUUAAACACCCUUUAUUACGGAAUCAGUCAUCUUAACAAGCUGGAAGACAGCAUAUGGGAACGCUGGACAAAGAAGACAAAACAUGGAAAAUCCAAUAAUGAGACCUCAAAAAAAGAAAGCUUUGAUGGAAGUAGGAAAGACAUUAAUGCAGCCAUUGACCGGAUUUGUGAGUUCACCGGAACUAAGAUAAUAUUUUGGGAUCUAAGAGAACCAUUCAUUGAAAACCUAUAUAGACCUAGUGUUUCUGAAUCCAGAUUGGAAACACUCAUUGAGCCACUUGAUGCGGAAUUAAAUCAACUAUGUGAUGUCAUUGUGGAACCACUUCGAGAUCGAAUUGUAACAAGUCUCCUUCAAGCAUCACUGGACGGUCUAAUUAGAGUGUUAUUAGAUGGAGGUCCAUCACGGUUGUUCAUUCCUUCUGAUGCUAAAUCAUUGGAAGAAGAUUUGGAGGUUCUAAAGGAAUUUUUCAUAUCUGGUGGAGAUGGACUUCCUCGUGGAGUUGUUGAAAAUCAAGUUGCACGUGUUCGACAAGUUAUAAAGCUGCAGGGUUAUGAGACACGGGAGCUUAUAGACGACCUAAAAUCUGCAAGUGCUUCGGACCGAAGCAAGUUGGGUGCUGAUACGAAAACACUUUUGAGAAUAUUGUGUCACAGGUGUGAUUCUGAGGCAUCUCAAUUCCUAAAGAAACAAUACAAGAUCCCUAAAUCUGCUACUUAGGGGUUUCAAUACCUGUGGAGUGCUUUCAUCAUCAUCUGUUUAUUAUGUUGUUUUUUAUGAUUUUUGGUUAGAGGAAAACAAAUAGCUCAUGGAGUAAUUAUACAACCAAAAAACUUGGCUUUUGAUCUAUUUCAAAAACAUUUGUAUUGUAAACUUGGAAGAUGAUUGAUGUUUUGUAUCUACGAGUUCGGGUCAAAGCUGCUAGUAUUUUAGUA